GAAUAAUAGCAACUGCAUAUGGCGAGCAGUUCAGCAGCCAUGGACACAGCGACGGCAACAACUACAACAAAAAGAGGCAACAACAAGAGCAAAGGGGGCAAGGAAAAAUCGCGUCGCAAUGAGCGCAACAUUUUGACUUUCUAUGAGAAAAUUGCGGUUAUACGUUAUUACGAUGAGACGAACAUUUCGCGCAACAGCCUGGCCAAGAUGUUCCAUUGCUGUGCAACCCAAAUACGUCGCAUUCUGGAGAAGAAACGUGAGCUGCUGCAGCAGCUGGCGACACUCAGCGAGGCGGAUGCCUCCAUCAUUAUUGAGGAGAUGACGCGCAAGCGCCGCAAGUUCGAGAUGAGCGCCAUCAGCUUUCUGCUGCACGAAUGGGUGGAGCGCUGCCGCCAGCUGCGCCUCGGCGUCAGCAUAACGAACCACACGCUGAAGGAGACGGCCCUCAAGAUGGCUGCGGUGCUCAAAUUGCCAGCCUUUAGACCAUCCUAUCGCUGGCUAAAUCGUUUUCGCAGCAAGUACAAGUACGAGGAGGAUGAACUGGGCUACACGGGCCCUUGUCCGGUGGCGAGUGUGCUGCCCCUGGAGCAGAUUAUAGUGGAGUUCAAGCAAGCGCUGCCCAAUUUCAUGCAAAAGGAGCUCGCCGACAUUGACUUGGAUGGCAAGAUGGGCGUAAUAACUCCUGAAUUGGUCAACUUGUCAAGCGAUAACAGCGAAAUCUCCGAUGCGGAGGACCUAGACGAUGAUGGUAUCGAAAUGGUGACCUGUGAGCCCAGUGUGCUGCCUUCGCCGGCCAGCACAUCGGAUGGCGAGGACGAGCCGCCAAUGCCACAACUGCCGCAACAGCUGGACGGAGAUGCCUCGAUUAGUCUGGGUGCCUGCACGCUGCUGGGCAGCGUCUUUCCCCACUUGGCCGUCAUACACCAAUUCGCACUGAUGAACUCCGAUGUGCAGGCAUUGGAGCUGAUCUCACAGCUGGGCGUGCACAUGCAGCAGCAAGCAACAACUGGCGCCUAUCACGUCCUAUCGCUGCCCAUAAAUGGCGAAACGCCGGCUUUGCCAGCCCCGGAGCUGCCGCCGGGCAGCAUUUAUGCGGACAUAGAUGACAUCGAGUUGAUUGAAUAGAAUUUACCUUAACUAAUGCUUAGCCGUAGCUCGUAAAAUAAAGUCAGUUAGCACUUAC